AUGCGGCAGUUGAAAAGCAAGUACUUCAAAGACAUCUGGAACUACAUAGAGUGGGCCUUCAUCUCCUUUACCAUUACUACGAUUGUACUGUUCUUUUUCAAAUCAGAAUACACCAGGUAUUACUUAAGUAUCUUGAUAUGUAAAUAUAAAUAAUGUUUUGCAGUCAUAGGUAGUAGAGGAGUAUGUUUAUGAAAGCUGGCAAACACGAAAGUUGAAAACAAAGGUGCUUUAGUUUGUUGGAAGCUCCCUGACCCUGCACAAUCCUUUGUUUUGAGUUCAAAAAUUUGGACUGGAUAAAUUAAUGCGAUGUUUUUGUUGGUCAGUAAGUUAAAAAUGAUAAGAAUGCAAUUGAACGAAGUGCACGGUCAGGUUAAAAAAGGUAACAAAAAGCAUAUGACAAUGGAAUCUAACGGGUUUCAUAAUCAUUACACUUUAAUAACUAUGAUGCAAUGGACGGCUUAGAGAGACUAUUGGGUUUUCACAUUUUUAGUGUUUAGUAUCAAGGGAUGUUUUUACAAGUGGCGCCGUAUUUGGACAAAAUACGUUGGGUCAAAAUAUGAGGCGAGUAAACAUAUCCCACGAUAGUACAUUCAUAACUGUUUAACAAGAUAUUUAUUUUUUCCACUUAGAUUGGGCGGUCUACAGUACAACUUCAUAAAUUUGCACACUUACUUGUUUCGAGAAUUCGUGACAUGAAACAGACGUCACUCCUGUACAAGUCCAGUUUUGCCUGCCUUUUCGGCGUUUUUGUUGUUUGGUUAAGUCUUUACUCCGUCCCAUUUGCUAGCAAAACACAGAUGGAAUAAUAAAUAGUUUAUAAAGCUUAUAAUGAUGGCCUUGCGGUUUUCGCGUAAUACCGCCAUCCGAGAAGAAAGAAAAAGGUUGCAAAGGAAAGAAUCAUCCGCCAAAUUAAGGAAAUUUAGAAAUAAAAAACAGAGAAGGAAAAUGAACGGAUUUUGUCUUACACAGGGUUAGCGCUUUGGCUACACUCCCGGUACACCCAAACCUCCCCUUUUAAUGCUAACCCCUACUCCCCUCCCCUUGAGGGGAAAGGUUACCUCCUGCCGAUUGUAAUAUGAGCAAUAGACCAUUUGCAAAUUCCUUUAAACAAUGUCGCAAGGCUUGGGUUGAGAAAAUACGUUGAUUUGUUUAUGAUCUGUUUAUCCUACCCUUGCAAGCCUCGCGACUCUCCUCAUAAGGGAGCUUUAGCAACGAAAACGGCGACGGUAGCGAGAAGGUCAAAAAGCAAUAGGUUUGAUUAGCAUAAUAACAACCUUGCACGUGCAGCACACUGCAUAUCCUACCCUUGCAAGCCUCGUCCAUCUCCUCAUAAGGGAGCUUUAGCGACGACGACGGCGACGGUAGCGAGAAGGUCAAAAAAGCAAUAGGUUUGAUUAGCAUAACAUCAACCUUACACGUGCAGCACACUUUUUUGUACAUGUCUUUGCCGUCACUGCACGACUACGGCGUGAAAAUCCCUAAUUUAACGUUUUAUGGAGGACGUAACAAGCGAAAACGAAUAUUUUUCGCUUUCAAAACUUGAGUGUGGUCCCAAGAACUCCAGGGAAAUUCGCCUACAUUUGACAUUUUCAGCGAACUGGAAGAAGCGCGACAAAGUUUGAAAAAACCCGAAUUCAUUUUAAAACUGACGUUUUCGCUGCCGUCGCCGUCGUCCAUGCUAUAACUCCCUAUUGUUAUCUUACUGAAACGGAAUGCGGGAAAAAUCUCUUCAACGUUAAUUUGGCAAACGGAAAUAAUCACGCGACUUAACGUCGUUCUCGGUUAGAGGUAAAUGGAUCUAAAUGUCCCAAUUAUAUCAUAAUCAUCAUAGCUUAUAAUCAUCAUCAUCAUCAUCAUCACUAUCACCACCACCAUCACCAUCACCAUCAACAUCAUCAUCGUUGUCGUCAUGGUCAUCGUCAUCAUCAUCAUCAUUAUUAUUAAUAUUAUUAUUAUUAUUGAUAUUAUUAUUAUUAUUAUUUUCAAUAGGAGGCUGGUUGAGAAAGUGCAGGCCAACCCUUACGCCCGAAUGAGCUUCGAUUACGUGGCUUUGUGGACAGACACAGAGAGUGUGUUUCUUGCGCUGGUCAUCUUCCUGGCGACAACGAAAUUCUUGCGCAUCUUAAAGUUUAAUAAGCACAUCAGCAUAGUAACCAAGAGCAUGGCAAUUUCCAAAGGACCACUACUUUCCUAUUCCGUUUGCUUUGUGGUGGCUCUCUUGGGAUUUGCUACGUUUGGUAACAUCACCUUUGGCUCCUCAGCGUACAUGUUUUCCACAUUUCCAAGAUCAAUUGUUAAUUCGUUCGAAAUGAUCCUUGGUAAAGGUGAGAAAAAUCUUCGAUUCAACACUGGACGAAAAAUUUACUUUUGAUCCUCACUAGCGACUCUACCAUGUACGCGUGCAUAACAGGGACUUUAAGAUCCAUCAACGCGACCGCUACGAGAACGUCAAAGAAAGCCAAUAGGUUUAAAAAGCAAAACACCAACUUUGCACGUGCAUCACACUUUUUUGUACAUUUCUUUGCCGUUUUUGCACGACUAUGACGUGAAAAUGCCUAAUUUUUGCGUUUUAUGGAGAAUGUAAACAAUUAACGACGAAAUUUUAUUUCUCUUUCUGAACAUGGAUAUGGUCCCUUGGAAUUCAACUUCUUGAGAGUUCGCCUACAUUUGACGAAGUAAAUGGGCAGGAAUAAUCGCAAUAGAGACUGAAAGAACGCAAAUUCAUUUUUAAGCGACGUUCUCGAUGCUGUUGCGUCGUUGGAUCUUAAAGUCCCUGUUCCCAAAUAGCGGUACAACCAUGUGUAAGCAUAACAUGGUCUUUACUGGCGACGCAAGCGUGAACAAAAACAUGAAGAACAUAAGAAGCGAAAGGCCUAGACAUGAGCAUAACCCUAAACACAGAAAUUAUCGAUGUAAAAACUUUGCAUUCUUCUUAUGCUUAUGCUUAUAUGUUAAGGCCGUCUUCAUUAGCGCAUGUCCUUAAACUGGUUAUGCAUACUUAGUAGGCUUGUGCUUGCGUCGCACUUUUGAAAAUAAAUAAGGCCGGUUGGAAUGACUUAACUCCAUCAGUGUAAAUUCUACCGGAAUAAACCCAUGACGAAAUAAUUAGCUAUGUCUUUCAUCUGCUUUUCUUGUAAUAUAUCAAACAUGAGAUGCAGUGUUUCAUCACCAGAUGAAACACCAAGAAGAGAGUUGAAAAUACGACGCGCAGCGGAGUAUUUUUGACGAACUUCGAGGUGUUUCAUCUGGUGAUGAAACACUGUGUCGAAUGUUUGAUAUUUCUUCUCAAACAAAAUCAUUUUUGAAGGAGAAAUUAACGACGCAAAAAUGAGCAGUUUUUCAUCUGAUAUCCAAACACUCAUUAAACAUUAAUUUCCUUUGAAUUUUCUUUAUGAAUUAUUAAUGAGUUUGAGAAGUUAUGGUCCUUCCCUUUUAGGUACCAACUAUGACGAGCUGGAAUCCAUCAACCGCUUCCUCGGGCCAUUCUUUUUCUUCACGUAUUUUCUCGUUACGACGCUCAUCUUGAUGAAUUUCUUUGUGGCCAUACUCAAUGACUCUUUCACCGACGCUAGAGAAAUUCUUGAAGCGGAGUCCACGGGGGAAAAUAUGUCGGACUUCAUUGAAGAAUACGCCAAAGACAAGCUGAAGGAAAUAUCAGACGAACUACGAGCAAUGAUUGGCGGAAGAGAGACGAAUAACGCUGCCAGUGAUGACAAGCGCAAGAAAAACAAAAAUUGGGAAAGAGAUUUCUUUUUGUACUAG